GAUUUUAAACAACCACAUCCCGCUCAGUCUCUUCCUUUGUCCGAAGCUGCUCCCAAGAAAAGAAAGGCUUGGAACCCUUUCUUUCUCUCUCUCUGUCUGUGAGCUCCUAUCUCUCUUCAAUGGAGGUGGUAGAGCUUGCAAGAUAAACCCAGGUGGUCCAAUUGUAUGCUUGAUUUCAAAUAACUAAUUUAAAGAAUAAACAAAUUUAUUAAUCUCUCUGGGUUUAAAAACAUAGACCAGUUCCACCAGGAAAUAGCUAAAUUUUCAGGAUUCACACGGCCCGAUUGUAGUUCUUUGUGCUGUUCAGAGUAAUUGCAGAGAUGAAGAAAGAAAACAGUGUUACGCUGAAAGCUGGGGAGCUCCCUGGUCGAUUGACUCGUGCUCGAGCUGCUGCUGCUCUUCGUGCAUCUGGACAGCUACCCCCUUUGAAAGAGAGAGCACAGCAAAAUCAGAAUCUGUUAUCCAAAGUCAAUUCAAAAGGAGCAGUUUCUGAUAAUACAUGUCUUCAGCGUAAAAGGAAGGCUGUUCUUCAGGAAGUUACUAAUGUUUGCCGUGAAAAUGCAUACAAGGGUUGUUUCAACUCAACUAAAAUUCAGGCUAAGAAAAGCAAGCUGGCUAAGGCUGGUCAAAUUAAUGUGUCCAAAGUGGCUCCUUCUGUUACUGUUGACUCCAAAGCAAAGGAAACAGCAUUGCAAUCGGAAGAUACUAUGUGCUCAAUUAAUUUGGAAAACAAUGAAUUUCUACGACUGAGUGCUAAUGAUUGUAGAUUGCCUGAAAGUCAGAUGUCUGGAAUAUCUGCUCAUCCUUUGAUUUCUCAGAAGAAAGACAAGAAAGAUAACCUUCCAAAACUUUUGACUGCAUUGAAGGAUCCAGACAUCACUAAUAUAGAUGAUGAUGAUCUUGAAGAUCCUCAAUCUUGCAGCCUCUAUGCUGCUGAUAUCUACGACACCAUGCGUGUUGCUGAGCUUGCAAGAAGGCCUCAUCCGAACUUUAUGGAGACAGUGCAGCGAGAUAUUACUCAAAGCAUGCGUGGAAUACUGGUUGACUGGCUUGUAGAGGUUUCUGAGGAAUACAAAUUGGUUACAGACACUCUUUACCUCACUGUGUAUCUCAUAGAUUGGUUUCUGUCCAAAAAUUACAUUGAAAGACAAAGACUUCAGCUACUUGGCAUCACCUGCAUGCUAAUUGCCUCGAAGUACGAAGAAAUUAAUGCCCCACGUAUUGAAGAUUUCUGCUUCAUCACAGACAAUACAUACACGAAAGCUGAGGUACUAAAAAUGGAGAGACAAGUGUUGAAGUCGUCUGAAUAUCAACUGUUUGCUCCCACUAUACAAACUUUCGUCAGGAGGUUUCUUCGGGCAGCACAAGCUUCAUACAAGGACCAAAGCCUUGAAUUGGAGUACCUGGCCAAUUACCUAGCUGAACUAACACUGAUGGACUAUGGUUUCUUGAAUUUCCUUCCCUCUAUCAUUGCUGCAUCAGCUGUAUUUCUUGCAAGGUGGACACUAGAUCAGUCAAACCACCCAUGGAAUCCAACUCUUCAACACUAUGCCUGUUACAAAGCUUCAGAUUUGAAAACCACAGUUCUUGCAUUACAAGACCUACAGCUGAAUACUGAUGGCUGUCCUCUAACUGCCGUCCGCACGAAAUACAGACAAGACAAGUUUAAAUGUGUAGCGGCUUUGUCUUCACCAAAACUGCUUGAAACUUUGUUCUGAAGACAAAGAUGAUUUGACAAGCCAAUGCUAGGGACUCCUAACUGAUAACAAAGAAAUCCUCAUUCCUAAUCUAAUCUUCCCUUCAACUUCCAUUCAUUAUUCCCUGAGAUAUCUUCUGUAUGUACAUUUUACAUUAUAUUCUAAGCCCUCUGAUAUAUACACAACAAAUAUAUUCUGUUUCUGUAUGUACAUUACAUGAUAGAACUAGAACCCCAAGAUGACUUGUUGGGUGUUUUGAGCGUACGUGUAGUAAUGACCAUUGUUGGGUUAACAAAAAUGGCAUAUUUUGCCUUGGACUAAUUCAGUCCUACCAUCAAGUUUUUCUUA